AUGUCAUGCGGUCCCCUCAUACGACUCACGCACAAGAUGGACCCCCUCCAUGCCGGCGGCCCGGCGAGUGCGAGCACGAGCUCGAGCAUGGCUCAUCGAGGCGAUAAGCGGACCACCAUCAAAGCGGAGGAUGGGUGCAUGGGCCAGGCAUGGGCCGGGGAGGGGCCGAAUAAUGUCAAGUCUCCCUGCUCUUGGGUCCCAGCGGCGAAGUUGGUAAGGAAGAAAGGACGUUAG